UAAAUAAUUCAAACUUUAUACUUAGAUAUUUUUGAUUUUAUUUUAUAUUUUGUUAAUCAGAUUUUAUUUUUGAUUUCACAUAAUAUUAUAAUGAACAGUAACAAGUCAUUAGAGUCAUUAAGAAAAAUUUUUAAUUUUUCAAUCAAAAGUAAUACACACAAAAAAAUUUUUGAAAAGGUGAAUUUAAUAUCAGGUGGAAAUGGCCAAUGUGUUGCUGAGAUGGUUGUUGAACAACAACAUACCAAUGAAUAUGGUACACUCCAUGGAGGUUUUACAGCUGCUGCCGUAGAUUAUUUGUCGAGUUUGGCUGUAUUGACUCAUCCGAAAAUUGUUGAGAACAUUGAUUCAGCGCCUAACAGUGGUGUUUCAGUUGAUAUUCAUGUUUCGUAUCAUAAUUCAGCAAAAAUUGGUGACAAAAUAGUUAUUAAUUCCGAGACUGUUAAAUUUGGGAGAAAUUUAGCAUUUCUAAAAGUGACAUUAUUAAGGAAAGAUGAUAAUGUUAUCUUAGCUCAAGGUUCACACACUAAGUUUGUAGGAUAAUAUGAAAAGUUGUGUUGUGUUAUGUAAAAUGGGCUGUUUGAAAAAAAUGUAUUAUGGCUAUUAUACCAUGUAUGAUACCAACAAACUUAUUUCAGUUGAAUAGUAAAAAUUGUUUCUUUUUUAUA